AUGCGAUCUGAUUUGCGAUGUUUCUACAUCCUCUAUGCAGCGCGAUACAUCCAGGCAGCCGUGACGGUACUCCUGGAGCCAAAGAGGAAAGACUUCUUGGAGAUGAUGGUUCACCACAUCGUCACUAUCGGAGUGGUCUAUGUUUCCUACUUCUGUGGUUGGAAUCGCGUGGGUGUGGUAGUUAUGGUCCUCUUGGAUCCCGCAGAUGUGCCAUUACACCUUGCGAAGCUGUGCAAGUACACCUCGGAGGCUCUGGAGAUGAAUAUUUGGCAGUUCUUCGCAGAUCGGCUCUUUGAAUUCUUUGCGGUGCUGUUCUUUGUGACCCGCCUGGUGAUGUUUGGGUAUGUCUGUUGGUCUGCCCAUAUCGAGUCAGAACAGUACUUUCAUCUGGAUUAUGCCGCGAAAUUGUGCGUACUGUUGCUCUAUUUACUGAUGGUCUUGCAGCUAUAUUGGUUCGGUUUGAUUUUGAAGGUGGCCAUGAAGCUCUUGCGAGGCCAAGGUGCUGAGGACAUUCGCUCUGACGAUGAAGACGAAGAUCCAAAGAGACUUGGUUGGCUCAGCCGCUCUGAGCAGCUGAAAGAACGCUACACGGAGCUGAGCAAGGACUUGGAGCUUGCCCAGGAGAAGGCAGGAACGCACGAAUGCAUUUCCAACAUCGUCGCGAGGACACAUCUUUCCACGACUGCAGUCCACCAAAGUGGUAGUCUGGCAGAAACAACGCUGACCCUACUGGAGCAACAGAGGGCAGAGGUGAAGCGCUUCCAAGAUUUGAAGGCGCAGAAGGAGGCCUUGAUUGUGGAGGCCGCCCUGUUCCGUCUCUAUUGCGCCGACCGGGACGCUACGAAAAAUCUGGAGGAAGCGCAACAAGUGAGAGAAGAACUUUCCAAAACCGAGCAUGACUUGCGGAAAAGGCGCAAGGCGCUUGAGGCCUCUGAGGUGCGUCGCCAGAAGUUGGAGACCGAGGUGCGGGAGGCCGAAUCCGACCACUUCGCGCUGAACGCCGCCCUGGAGCAGCGGAAACCGGAGAUCGCCAACUGUCGAAAGCAGGCGGCCCAUUGGACGAUCAAGGAACGCGAAGCCCAGGCUCGUAUUCAUCAGGAGCAGGAGAAGAUGAAGACAUUGGAGGCUGAAUGGCAUGAUGCCACAGCAAAAAGGGAAGCGGCUGAGAAGGAGCUCGCGGAUGUGCGGCGCCGCAAAGUAGACUCAGCCCUGAAGCUCACUGCAGCGCAGCGCAGGGAGUGCCACGGAUUGCCACGGAGUUUGUGGCGGUAG